AUGUAUGUGGAUGACAUGAUCAUCACAGGAGAUGAUGAGAAGGAGAUUGCUCAGCUCAAGGUGCGUCACAGAUACUUCCUUGGGAUAGAGAUAGCUCAUGGAUCUAAGAGGAUUGUUCUCUCCCAGAGAAAGUAUGCACUAGAUCUUCUUGCAGAGACGGGGAUGUUAGGGUGCAAGCCUACUGCUACAUCGAUCGAUCAGAGCUUCAGGCUAAGUGCUGAAAUAGGAGAAACUGUUGAUCGUAAGAGAUAUCAGAGAUUGGUGGGCAGGCUACUCUACCUGAGUCACACACGUCCAGACAUCUCAUUUGUGGUAAGCGUGGUGAGCCGCUACAUGCAUGACCCAAGUAAGGGCCAUAUGGAUGCAGUAUAUCAGAUACUGAGGUAUCUGAAGGGUGCCCCUGGCAAAGGACUAAGAUUCAGGAGGAGUGGCCAUGUGAACAUUGAGUGCUACUGUGACUCAGAUUGGGCUAGCUGCAGAGAUGAUCGGAGAUCUACCUCAGGGUAUUGCAUAUUUGUGAGAGGCAACUUAGUCUCCUGGAAAAGCAAGAAGCAAUCUGUGGUGGCGAGAUCAACAGCUGAAGCAGAGUACAAAGCCAUGGCCUUGGGGGUGGCGGAGUUGAUGUGA